AUGCUUAGUAGAGAAUUAUUUGAACUUCGAACAAAACGUCAUGAUGGACAUGAACGAGAUUUUUUAACUGUUGGUGGAAUGGGUUAUGCAUCAUCAAUUGCAUUAGGUAUUGCUAUUCAAAAACCAAAUCGAACUGUAUAUUGUUUGGAUGGUGAUGGAGCUGUUCUAAUGCAUAUGGGUAUUUUAGCAAAUAUUGCUGCAGCUACACCAUCAAAUUUUAAACAUAUUGUAUUUAAUAAUGGUGCCCAUGAUAGUGUUGGUGGUCAACCAACAGUUGCUGGUAAUCAUGAGAAAUUUUCAUUUUGUCAUAUAGCUCAAGGUUGUGGUUAUAAACAUGUAAUAAUAGCCACAAAUCAAUCUGAAAUAAAUGAAGCAAUGGAAAAAAUUCGUGCAAUUAAUAGUGAUGGGCCAAUUUUACUUGAACUUCGAAUUCAAACGGGUCAUAGAAAUAAUUUAGGUCGACCAACACGAUCAACUGAUGAAAAUAGAAAAGAUUUUAUGCAUUUUUUACAAUUGAAUUAA